GCGAUUGUUGGGAUUUUCGUAUCAUCAUGAAAAUCAAAAACAUUCAAGCAUAGCGUUUAAGCAACGAUACAUAACUUCCAGACUUGUCUUGGCUUUGUUCUCAAGAAGUUAAGAUUUUCUUUAUCGCAAAGCUAAAUGGGAAACACGAAUGAAGGAGAGUCGGCCAUGGGAAAUACCAAUACAGCAGAAGGAGGCAAGACCAAUAAAGAAAAUAUCAAUAGGGAAAAUACAAAUAAGGAAAGUACCAAUACGGAAAAUACCAAUGAGGAAAAUACUAAUAAGAAAAAUACCUAUAAGGGAAAUACCAAUACAGGAAUGUUUUCAAAACAUAUUUCAUUACACUUCCCUCCAUACAAUGCUGAAAAUCCAGCAUUGUGGUUUCGACAAAUCGAAAGUUCUUUCUAUUGCUCUGAUAUUAAGGACGAGAUCAUGAAGUACCACAUCCUUGUCAGUAGACUGGAGCCAUGUGUGGUUGAGCUAAUGCAAGAAUUUCUAUUAACUACUAGUGGUGACAUAGGAUUAACCAACCAAUAUAACCAGAUGAAAUCUAAGAUUAUCGGUCUCCAAAAAACUAAAAAUGAAUUAGAUAAGCAACAAAUUGGAGAUCGUACGCCUUCAGAGUUCUUGAGACACCUCCAGCACAUUGCUAGCAAAAACCCGCUAUUUCCCAUGCAUUUGAUCAAGGCCAUUUGGGUAGCAAGUGUGGGCCCAUAUGUCAAAAACGUUUUGCUCUCCGAUCCAAACGCGGCAUUUGAGAAAUUGGGAUUCAUAGCUGAUGUAUUGUAUGCGGAAGCUCAGAGGAAGGCUCAACAGGAAGCGAAGAAAUCUCGCCAAGAAACAAAGAAACUUCAAGAUGAAAUACACUGCAGUUGUUGUAGAGGAAAUAAAGAGGUGACCUUGAAAAUCGAGUGUGUCAAGUUGUGUGAGGUAAUAGAUAAUAUGGAUUUGAAAAAACCCGAGACUCGUGACAAUUUUUCACAAACCACGUUAAUUUAAAAUAUGUUAACCAUAUAAUGUAUAAAACUACUGACGU